CACCACCACACAAAAACUCCUUCAUCUGUCUCCAUUUGCUUGAACCACUCCACCUGUUAAACUUCUCUAACUUUCUAGACAUGUCUGUCUCCCUUUCUUAUUAUUCUCUUCCCCAUGUUUUCCUUUAGACUCGCACUCCAGCAUUAACUUCUUUAAAUGGCUACUUUCUUCUUCACUUCGCACUCUUCCUUGUCUUCAUGCAAUCUCUAUACCCAGCACAAUAAGAAACUUAAGAAUAAGAAUGUUGGCUCAAGUACUUUAUCUACCAUUGUCUCAUCCUUUGAUGACACGAAAUCACUGAAGAAUAAAACUAAUCUCUCCUUUUCUGCAUAUUCCAGUUGCAAUCCAAGAAAGGCCCUUGAUUUAUCAGUUAAAGGUCAAUAUCUUCCAUUAUCAAGAAGGUUAAAGCCUCUCAAGUCCUCUGUUAAAGAUGAGCAAGAAAGUGUACCUACUUCGUCUUCAGUUGCAGUAGCAUCCGACGAACUAAGCAAUGAAAUUGACACUGAAAAGAGUUUUCAAGAAACUGAAUUGAGUAAAACAAAUGAAGAAACUGAGGAGAAAGAAAACCAGCAAGAAAUGGAUUGGAAGACAGAUGAGGAGUUUAAGAAGUUCAUGGGCAACCCUUCUAUUGAGGCUGCAAUAAAGCUGGAGAAGAAGAGAGCCGAUAGGAAGCUCAAGGAACUUGAUGGGGAGAACAGUGAUAAUCCAAUUGUGGGGUUUUUCAAUAAACUGGUGCGUGAUAACUUGACUAGGGAGAAGGAAAGGUUGGAACAAGCAGAGGAGACCUUCAAGGCUCUUGAUCUUAAUAAGUUAAAGAGCUGUUUUGGGUUUGAUACAUUUUUUGCAACUGAUGUCCGAAGAUUUGGAGAUGGGGGGAUUUUCAUUGGGAAUUUGAGAAGACCCGUUGAAGAUGUCAUUCCUCUACUGGAGAAAAAACUAUCUGAUGCUGCAGGCAGGGAAGUUGUCUUAUGGUUCAUGGAGGAAAAAACGAAUGACAUUAUAAAACAGGCAUGUGUGGUGCAACCUAAAUCAGAAAUAGAUCUACAAUUUGAGUCUACCACGCUGAGCACUCCUUGGGGAUAUGUUAGUGCAAUAGCCUUAUGUGUUGCAACUUUUGGGACAAUUGCUCUGAUGAGUGGAUUCUUCCUGAAACCUGGAGCUACAUUUGAUGACUAUCUAGCUGAUGUCGUGCCUCUUUUUGGUGGCUUUGUCUCCAUUUUGGGAGUUUCUGAGAUAGCAACAAGGGUGACGGCAGCUCGCUAUGGUGUUAAACUCAGCCCCUCUUUUCUUGUUCCAUCUAAUUGGACAGGCUGUUUGGGGGUGAUGAAUAAUUAUGAAUCACUGCUUCCAAAUGGGAAGGCUCUUUUUGAUAUUCCAGUGGCACGUACGGCGAGUGCUUAUUUGACAUCACUGGUGCUUGCAGUUGCUGCUUUUGUAGCUGAUGGCAGCUUUAAUGGUGGUGAUAAUGCAUUGUUUAUAAGGCCUCAGUUCUUCUACAACAAUCCGUUGCUUUCUUUUAUCCAAUUUGUUAUUGGACCAUAUGCAGAUGACCUUGGGAAUGUAUUACCAUAUGCUGUAGAAGGGGUUGGAGUUCCAGUCGAUCCCCUUGCUUUUGCUGGACUUUUGGGAAUGGUGGUGACUUCUUUGAACUUGUUGCCCUGUGGGAGACUUGAAGGUGGCCGCAUUGCUCAAGCAAUGUUUGGAAGAAAUACUGCUACUUUGUUGUCGUUUGCCACAUCACUUCUCCUCGGCAUUGGUGGCCUGAGUGGAAGUGUCCUCUGUUUGGUUUGGGGAUUAUUCGCAACCUUCUUUCGUGGUGGAGAAGAAAUGCCUGCAAAAGAUGAGAUCACCCCAUUGGGAGAUAACAGGUUUGCUUGGGGUGUUGUUCUAGGUCUCAUCUGUUUUCUUACUCUUUUCCCUAAUGGAGGAGGUACAUUCUCCAGCCCAUUCUUCAGUGAUCCAUUUUUCAGGGGCGAUCUCUAAAUAAUAGGUCACUUGUAAAUUGUAUACAUUUUAUCUACACCUUUCAGUAGGAUGAUGAUCAUACUGUUUACAAUUAUCCUGUAAAAUUUGUUUUCAUUGAAUGAAAAAAAUAAAUACAUUCAAGCAAAAUAGAAGGUAAAGAAUAGAGUUCAGUUCUUCUAUUAUGGA